CAGCUAAACGAGCGCUCACAUGCUAACGACGGACGUUCUCUUCCUGAGUCGGCGCGUCAUCGUUUUACCCGCGUUUGUUGAACAGCCCACUUUGUUUGGCGGGCUUGAACCGAGAAGACGCUGCUGUUACAGUCUAACCGGAGCCAUGCAGUUCUCUGGCAGAAGAAGGAAGAUCAAUGCGAACCCUCAGACGGAGCUCUACGGACACGCUCUGCAGUUCUACGGGCAGCCUCCUCUUGAAAACAUCUCUCUCAGUGAAUUUGAGACAUUCGCAGUGGACAGACUGAAAUUGUUAAAGACCAUCGAGAAUCUGGGAGUGAGCUAUGUGAAACUGUCCGAGCAGUACUCAAAGAAACUGGAGGCUGAGUUUAAAACCCUCAGCUUUCCUUACAGACCAGAGGCUGAUGACAGGAAAACUCAAACUGGACCAAGUGAAUUGGAGAAACGGAGAAAGGACCAUAUUUCACACUUCAUCCUCAGACUUGCCUACUGCCAAACGGAGGACCUGAGACGCUGGUUUAUACAACAGGAAGUCGAUCUUUUCCGCUACCGCUUCAAUAACCUGCCUCCAAAACAAAAGCUUGAAUUUCUCCACAGAAAUAAUUUGCAAUAUGACACGAUUAAUGUCGAGGAGAAGAAGUCUCUGCUGGAUAAACUUGUCAACUCCAGUUAUGCCGUCAGUGGAAUCACUGUGGAGGAUCAGGACUUCUACAAAGUUCCAUUCCAAGAUGCUCUGGAUCUAGUGCGGACAAGGAAGGUGUACCUCAAAGCAGGCUACGUGUACAUCCCUCACCAGGACAUUGUCACCAUUGUUCUGAAUGAUUUCCGCACAAGGCUGUCUAAAGCUCUCGCACUGACAGCCCGCUCGUUACCAGCAGUGCAUUCUGAUGAACGUCUCCAACCGCUCCUUAACCACCUCGGUCAUGCCUAUGUGGGACAGGAUUACAGCAUCCAGAAGAAUGUUGGAAAAAUCUCAUUGGAACAAAUCGAUUCGCUUUCAGGAAAGUCAUUCCCGCUCUGUAUGAGGCAGCUCCACCAGAGCCUCAGAGAGAACCACCAUCUCCGCCAUGGUGGUCGUAUGCAGUACGGCCUCUUCCUCAAAGGUAUCGGCCUGUCUCUGGAGCAAGCGCUGCAGUUCUGGAGGUCGGAGUUCAUAAGGGGCAAAGUGGAUGCAGACAAGUUUGACAAAGCAUAUGCCUACAGCAUCCGCCACAUGUUUGGCAAAGAAGGCAAGCGAACAGACUACACCCCCUACAGUUGCAUGAAGGUGAUUUUAUCAAAUGCACCCAGCCAAGGCGACCAUCACGGAUGUCCAUUUCGACACAACGACCCAGAGCUACUGAAGCAGAAACUUCAGUUGUACAAAGUGUCUCCCAGUGGAAUCAGUCAGAUCUUGGAGUUGGUUAAAGGAAUGCACUAUCAGCUGGCAUGCCAGAAGUACUUUGAGCUGACACACAAUAUUGAGGACGCCAGUUUCUCACUCAAUCACCCCAACCAGUACUUUAUAGAGAGCCAGAAAGUUUUGGGCGGAGGCAAGGACAUAAAGCGAGAGAUGGACACUUCACAGAGGUCGCAGGAAAACGGUGUCACCAAAGGAUCCGUCCCUGCUCGAGAGACCCCAGCGAAUGCCUCCCAGGAUUUGGCUGAGAUGACAGAGGAUCUGGACUCUUUCUUUCAAGAUGCCUGAUCAUAUUUUUCCUUUUUAUAUGUCUUGAAAUAAAUUUACAUUCAUAUUUGAGAUAUCUGUAUCUGACAUGUUAUGAAAUUAAAGUUGCAUAUCAGUGAUUUCUCCAUAAUUUGUCAUGAUUUUCACCAGAUAUAACUGACAGAGAUAUAGUUUUCUACCUUAAUAUUCCUCAUUAACAUGUCAGUGAAGAAUCCUGGCAUCCUGAAUUGUGCCAUUUAGCCCCAGUGUUAAAAGUCAUCCCUCACUUUGUUUUCUUCCUUUGUUUACACUGUGGUCUGAACUCUGAUUGCUUCUAAACAUUCUCAGUGCUCUAUGUUUUGGCAGGGAUAUGGUUUUGGGGGUGAUGACUAGAACGUUUCCCAGCUGUCUCAGACACAAUGUCAUUGUAUUUGCUGGCAGGGGUAUGGAUGAAUCAUGGCAGGAGGAUGGAUGAAAAUAAAC